AAAGAUAUAUGGGGUUCUUCACAAUGCUCUGGGCAACACUCUGCCUCCCUUUCUUCUUCCUCUGUCUUAAAACAGCCUUCUCAUCCUCUUUACAUGCUUCUUCCUUCUCAACAACACAUCUCUGCUCUCAGGAGGAGGCUGCUGCUUUGUUGCAAUUCAAGACUUCCUUUUCCAUCAAUUCAACUGUUUAUAAUCCUUUAUGUGAAGAUUUUAAUGAUAUUAAAGCAAAUUAUUCUAAGACUGAGUCUUGGAAGGAAGGUAUCGACUGCUGUUCCUGGGAUGGGAUUAGCUGUGAUAAUGUCACAGGUCAUGUAAUCGCCCUUGAUCUCAGAUGUAGUCUCCUUUCUGGUACCUUUCCUUCCAACAGCACUCUUUUUCUCCUCAAAAACCUGCAGAGCCUCAAUCUUGCCUUCAAUGAUUUUAGGCUUUCCAAGAUUCCAGCUUCUAUAGGGAACUUAUCCCAACUUACUUACCUAUCCCUUUCUCGUAACAAUCUUAGCGGACAAAUCCCAACAUCACUUGCAAACCUCACACAACUUCGCUUACUCGACCUUUCAAAGAAUCACUUUUUUGGUCCCAUUCCAGCUUCUAUAGGGAACUUAUCCCAACUUACUUACCUAUUCCUUUCUCGUAACAAUCUUAGCGGACAAAUCCCAUCAUCACUUGCAAACCUCACACAACUUCGCUCACUCGACCUUUCAAAUAAUUACUUUUCUGGUUCCAUUCCUUUUCUUGCAAGCAGGUUUUCCAAACUUAGCUCUCUAGACUUAUCUUACAACUUACUUAAUGGCACGAUGCCACCUUGGAUUUUCACCCUACCUUUCUUAGUGGUCUUGCGGCUCAAUCAUAACCAACUUCAAGGUCAAAUAAAUCAAUUCCAGCAAAAAUCACUCAUAGAGCUGAAUUUGUCAAACAAUAAACUCCGAGGCCCGAUUCCUAGCUCAAUUGCUAAUUUUGUAGAUCUUAGAUAUCUCUAUUUGUCGUCAAAUUAUCUCAAUGAUUCAGUAGUACCAUCUGACAUGUUCUCGAGACUUCAAAAUCUGGAAAUCAUCAUUCUUUCAUACAAUAAUAUUUCUCUGAGAAUCAAUGUCGAUGCCAAUUUCACAUUACCCAAAGUAACUCAUUUUGACUUGUCUUCUUGUAAGUUGAGUGAAUUCCCCAAUUUCUUAAGACAUUCAGGUGGUCUGCAAAGCCUACUGCUAUCAAAGAAUAGCAUUCAUGGCAAUAUUCCUGAAUGGAUAUGUGAAAAGGAUGAUCUUCGAAUUCUUGACCUUUCUCAUAAUAAUUUAAGUGGGAAGAUCCCAAAUUGUCUUCCUAUGUUUCUCUCUGUGUUGAAUUUGCAGGGCAAUAACUUUGAUGGAAACAUACCAGUUGGAUUUCCAAAGAGCUGUGGAUUACAAAAUCUCAACUUACAUGGAAAUCAAAUGGACGGGCUAUUGCCAAGAUAUUUGGUGAAUUGUAGCAUGCUAGAGGUUCUAGAUGUUGGAAACAACAACAUAGAGGAUACAUUCCCUCAUUGGUUAGAAUCUCUACAAGAGCUUCAAGUGCUUGUCUUAAGGUCCAACAAAUUCCAAGGUUUCGUGAAUGGUAGCAAAGAAGGUCCAUCUUUUCCGAAGUUACGAGUCCUGGAUCUCUCCAACAAUGAUUUUCUUGGCCCUUUGCCUAUUCGGUACAUGGAAAAUUUUAGAGCCAUGAUGGACCCUCUUAGAGAUGACGGUUCCCCUAAAUACAUGAAGAUGAGAAACCCUUUUUAUCAAUAUUCACUGGUGGUGAUAAUGAAAGGAUUCGAGUAUGAGCUGCAGAGAAUCUUGACUAUAUUCACUAGCAUUGAUCUCUCAAAUAACAAGUUUGAAGGCAAAAUUCCAGAUGUUAUUGGAAAGCUUAGUUCUCUCAAAGGGCUUAAUAUUUCUCAUAACAACCUUACUGGUCCUAUCUCACAGUCACUAGGGAAUUUGACAAACCUCGAGUGGUUGGAUCUCUCUUCCAACGAGCUGGUAGGGAAAAUUCCGGAUGAGUUGGUAUCUUUGACACAACUUUCUGUAUUGAAUCUUUCAAAUAAUCAUCUUGUUGGACACAUACCACAAGGCAAUCAGUUCAACACCUUUGGAAAUGAUUCUUAUGAAGGAAACCCUGGACUGUGCGGAUUCCCAUUGUCAAAAUCUUGUAAUGGAAGUGGGAAACCGCCGAGCUCCUUCCAAGAGAAAGAUGAGUGGUGGAGAUUUGGCUGGAGAGUUGUGGUGUUAGGCUAUGGGUGUGGAGUUGUUUUUGGACUGCUGAUGGGAUAUCAUGUUUUCCGUACAGGAAAACCAAAAUGGUUUGUGUCUUUGUUUGAUGGCCGACUAAGUCAAAGUCGAAGGAAGACGAGGAAAGCCAGAAGAGUUGUUUCAAGAAGAAGCUAGUUGCCGGGUUGAUGUUUUAGACCUUUUGAUUAAUGUUUAAUGAAUAAGUACUCCUUGGAUUUGAAGCUCUUGUUUUAUUGUAAAAUUACAUGCCUGUAUAAAUAAAUAAAUAUAUGUCGUUUUGCGCAAAGCCAUAAGUUCUCCGGCCCCAACCCUACGUUGGUCGAGAUUACCCACGGCAACCGUCCGUUGCACGCAAUUUGUAAACCACCUCCAUCGCUCCGCUGCCUUUUUCUGUCUCUUCCUUAACAGCCUCUUUCUCGAUUCCUUCCUUGGUUCUCUCUGUUUUUUUCUAGUACAAAAUAAUUGAGAAACGAAAGCUUUUGGGAAUUUUGCAGCCAAUUGUUUAGUAUUUUGCUGGUGAUAUAGUUUUGUAUUCCUCAGCAUUUGCAACCCUUUACACCUGUGCUGAAGUAUUUAGAAUCAGGAAAUGGUUAAAAGGUUUGUUCUAACAUUUGCCUUUGCAUCAAUACUUCAGAUCAUAAGAUUGUCUGUGUGUAUAGAAUUUCUGAUCCGUUUCUUUGCUUCAAAGGUAUGAAGCGUUUUGAUGUGCAAGAAAUAUCAUGUUGCAGUGCAUAGAGGGAAUCAAGCGUUUAUUUGCUUCCCUACUGCGUUGCUGUGAUAUUGGUUUGUAUAAACAAUCAAGAGGCCUUGAAGAUCCUGAACUUCUUGCUAGAGAGAC